GGUUGGGUGAGAUUAUUUUUAUAAUUUUCUUUUCUUUUCUUUUCCUUUUUUUAUUUUAUUUUAUUUUAUUUUUUUUUUCCUAUGGGGAUGGGGAAUUAUCGUGUGCUAUAGAUGUAUGUCGUAUGCACUAUCUAAUUAAGUAUCUUUUAUAGUCUGAAAUUGGGGGGGACUAGCGAAUCCUCUAGAACCAUUCAUAUUUUUUAUUAUGAUUUCUAUGGUGGGGUAUUUAUUUUAUUUUACAAUUUCUUUAAAAUUUGAUUUUGGAGCGCCGCUUUCGUUUGAAGGUUUGAAGCAUUAAAUUGGAGCAAUAAGAAAAUCAGUGAGAAAAAGGGGAGUCUAUGUGAAAAAAAAAAUUAUAUGAUAAUAAUGAAGGUGUAUACGGAGUACUGGAAAUGACAAAUAUAAUUUUUUUAUUUUUUUUUUUAAAUAGAAAGUGAAAUAUACAAAAACCCACCCCCAAUAAUGUUAUCGACUAUUAAUGAUGACAAUGGACAUACUAACAUCCAUGCAUACUCCGUACAGAUACCGUUCAGGUUCUCCCUCACCUGAUUUGCUUUGGCCUCGGGCAUGUGCGGUGCUACUCCAUGGGCGUUUUUUUCAGCCUCUGGCUGCAUCAGAGUUGCAGAACCGCCAAUUCAAAUGAUGGUCACCUGUGUGGCCAAGUGUCUGAGCCUCUACCACCACCUCAGUUGAUCUACGUAUGUUAUUUACCUACAACUGUUCGGAUUCUCCUUUCCCUCACCGGCAUAUACCUCUUGUUAUACCGAUUUAACCCGCUUCUGUUGCCGUCUUCUACUUUCUAUUAUAUUUUUAUUAUCAAUUUUGGGAGGAAACAAAAAUCCUUAAUUUUUAAUUUUAUUUCUCUCUCUCGCUCUCUCUCUCUUUCUUUCUUUCUCUUUUUCAAACAGGGAACUUUUUAGAAUAUUCUACCAGUGCAUGCCAAAGGCUAGCUUGCAUUGCAGGCCGACAACACGGACAUCCUCACAGCAAGUCAGCGACUCCACCCAGCCCACCGAAAGUGCCAGAUCGCCCUUCCGCCGUCUCUAAGCAAACCCUCUCAAAACCAGAGGCUUGAUCAACUGCGGGCGCCACCGGAGACCGGGGGCCUUGGACGGUGGUCCACUGACGUUGAACAGACUUGGAUUUGCUCCUGCGCCCAAGAGGCUAGCGCCUGGUCCAUCCUAGCCGUUGGAUCGCACGGGUGGGACUGGGAUGUGAUGGAUUGUCGUGUUUGAUUAUGUGGGUAUUUUCUAAUGAUUUUAAUUCUUUGUUUCCCCUCCUUGGUACGUACAGUGAUUUGAGCAAAAACAGAAAGUUUUUUUUUUUCUCUUUUCUUCUUCUCUUUUGAUGCCAUGACGUAGAGGUUAUGAUGCCUUGGCGAUUCUCAUUAUUUAUCUGAAACCCGUCAUAAAAUUACAUAUGGAGAUAUAUAUAUCUAUAUAUAAGGUGACACCAUUAGGAAAAAAGCCCUAAAGAUAUAUCGAAGGGGAAAAAGACAAAAGAAAGGAAAAAGAAAAAAAAGAAAAGAAAGGAAUCGC